UUGAAAAGGUUCGAGGCCUUGGGGUCUUCAUCAUUUCUAUACUUUCCGUUGUCUUUUGUCGAAGAAAAGAAGAACCCAGUUCUUAGUACCCACUAAUUGAAAGAAUUACUAUAAAAGAAAUCGUUUUUGUAUUAAUCGGCGAUUCCUCGGGCUAGCUUUGUGUUCAAAGGUUGAACUUCUUCUUAGCGCCGAGCAAGAGUUCCCAUAGGUCGGCCCACCCUGAUACGGCCACGUCAGAGGACCCCCAUGAAGUGAUGACGUGGCGAGAUCAGAAAGGGGGAAGGAGUAGAAGGUUGUAAUGGAGAGAGGUGAGAAGAAGCGAGGAUCCAUUAUUUGAACAGUGGUCACAUUCGUAUACACUUGUCGGCUACAAAACACUCAAAGCACAGAGACUGUCAUGGUUUUUUUUCUCUCUCUCUGCUUGUUUAACUUAGAAAGUUAGAAACUCUACAGUGAGAGAACGAAAGGAAACAGAGCUCGUUUGGAGCCUUAUUAGAGUUAAAGAAGGAAAGAGAGGAGAGAAAUCUAAUGGAGUACGAGAGAAUAGACAAAGUUCAGAGCGGUAUCUCUAUUUCACCAAGUAAAUUGAGGAUGAAGCUGAUGGGUCCUCUUCAUAGAAAGAAGGAUGGAUCAAACAGCAACUCUUCAAGGACAUCUCCUUCUAGGAUUGAGGAUGCUGAGUUUGUCAACAGUCUAUUAGCCUCUAAGAGUGGAGAGUUUUAUGAGGAAGUUCCCAGCUUAGAUGUUGCACCUGUCAAAAUAUCCAAUGAGACAGUGUUGGAUUCCAGCCUAAACGAUCAAAUUUCUAGCCAACCAAAGGAGUCACUGCCUAGGGAGAGCAUCGAUGUGGGUCGUUCUAAGUUGCAGCAAUUCUCAAAGAGUGAUAAUGGUAAUUCUAGUGCAAUUCAUCCAAUAAGGACCAUAGAAGAUGAAAAUCUUGAUUAUGAUAGUAAUGCUAGUUCAUCAAGCUUUGAGUUUCACAAAGGGGAGAGAGCACUUCCUAAUUCCAUGACAAGGUCAUACUCAAGACCUAUGUCAUCUAAGUGGAAUGAUGCAGAGAAAUGGAUAAUGAACAGGCAAAAUUUGCAAGCUACCUAUGCUAAGAAGAAUGCAUUUAACAACCAAGCUAAUCGCUUUCACAUGACAAAUAUGGUGAGAGUUGCUCCAGAAUCUGCAAAUUAUGAUCAGAGGUCAGCUGUUAAUCGCAUAGCUGACACUAAGAGGGUAGAUUUCUGUCAAUCUGCUGUGCAGAUGCCUUUCGAGAAGUUCUCUUUUAUUCCUGCUGGAGCUCAUCCAAUUUCAGCUCAAGCGUGUGGAGGAAAUCUGUCAAGUGAUCAGUAUCCUCACAGUAAGGACUUGAGAGAAGUGGCUCAGAGGGAAAGUUCAGCAGAAGAUACUACAGUUGUACCUGCAAUAAGAUCAGUUUCUAUGAGAGAUAUGGGAACAGAAAUGACCCCUGUUACAAGUCAAGAGCCUUCUAGGACAGCUACACCUGCAGGGGCAACAACCCCACUCCGAAGCCCAACAUCUUCAAUUCCAUCAACUCCCCGUAGAGGGGAACCAACAUCAACGCCUUUGGACCACACUACAGAUGAUGAGUCACAGCGUCCCACUAAUAAUCGCAAGAAAGAGUUGUCUGAGCAAGAAUUGAAGCUCAAGACAAGAAGAGAGAUUGUAGCCCUUGGUGUCCAGCUUGGCAAGAUGAAUAUCGCUGCUUGGGCAAGCAAAGAUGAGAAGGAAAACAAUACAUCUUCAGUUGAAACCAGUAAUACAGAGGAGCCUGAACAGAUUGAAUAUGAAAAGCGAGCAGCAGCAUGGGAGGAAGCUGAAAAGUCUAGGCAUACAGCAAGGUAUAAACGUGAAGAGAUCAAAAUUCAAGCAUGGGAGAGUCAGCAGAGAGCAAAACUAGAAGCAGAGAUGCGGAGAAUAGAGGCGAAAGUAGAGCAAAUGAGAGCCCAAGCUCAAGCAAAGAUGGUGAAGAAGAUUGCUAUGGCUAGGCAAAGAUCAGAAGAAAAACGAGCUGCAGCUGAAGCCAGAAAAAAUCGAGAAGCUGAAAGGACUGCUGCUCAAGCAGAAUACAUUCGGCAGACAGGAAGAAUGCCAUCAUCCCAUUACAUCUGUUGUGGCUGGUUGUCAUAAUAUAGUAAACAAUGAAUAAAAGUAAAAUUGCUCAUACACUCCUUGAGCCCCCAAGUAGCAAAUCUCAUGUCCUCUGUCUUGAGCUUUAGUGAUGGUCCAAGAGUGUUGUAUUUAAUAGCGUGGCCUCAGUUUUUAUUGUUGUUAAAUGAAAGAUAAAAUGAAUACUGCAAUCGAUGCAAUUAAUGUUAAUGCCAAUAGUAUUUUCACA